AUGGAUGCCAAAGAAAUAUCAAGUAAGAAUGAAGGAGAUAAAAGCAUAAGGAAAGGUUCAUGGUCUAGCAACGAAGACUCAAUACUCAAAGACUAUAUUGCCAUCCAUGGAGGAGGAGGAUGGGACGCUCUGGCUCGUAAGUCAGGUUUGAGGCGUACAGGUAAGAGCUGCAGAUUAAGAUGGUUGAACUACUUGAAUCCAAAUGUUCGACGAGGAAAUAUCACUCCUGAAGAACAACUUAGUAUUAUAGAGCUACACUUGCGAUAUGGAAAUCGGUGGGCAGAGAUUGCAAAACGGUUACCAGGACGAACCGAUAAUGAAAUAAAGAACUACUGGAGAGUGACCAUUAAAAAGCAAGCAAAGCAACUAAAUUGUGACGUGAAUAGCAUACAAUUUCGUGAGAUCAUGCACUAUAUAUGGCUUCAAAGCAUAAUGGAGGAACAAAUUCAUCCCACGUCCGAAGCUAAUUCAGGAUCCCAGUCGUGUAGUACUGUCACUGCAGUCUCUACUGAUUUUGACCACAUCAAUUGCCAGAAACUAAUGACAGAUUCUGAAGUUCAUCAACCUGCUUUUGGGCUGGUGGAAAUGAAUAGCAAAGCCAACAUGGGUUUUUCGCCCGAGCCUAUGGCCGACGUCUUCCCAGUAUAUAGCCCUUUCAGCUAUUGCUUUGAAGGAAUUGAUGAGAUUCAGGCGUCCAUACACGGCGGAGACUAUUCGUUGGGUUAUGAGAAUUCACUUACAAUAUCGUUAGAGGAUGAAGAUUUGUGGGUUUCUACAUCAAUGGGAUUCAAUCAGUUUUGA